GUUUAACUUCCGGUUGUUUAAAGGGAAGAACGGAAUCCCAAGAAUCUGUCAAGUUUGCUAAUAAAAAUGUCAACUCCUGACGUUCAGAGGAAAGAACAAUCGUCUGAUGGAGACACAUCAUUAGAUCAGUCAGCUGAUCUGUCAUGUGAUCAGUCACAAGAAAAUCUCGACCUGUCACUUAACCAGUCGGAAAUUAUUGCGGAAAAGCCAGCUAAGCCACCCCACCAGAAUACAGUGAGAAACUUAAAUCUCAAUGGCCAUGUGGGCUUUGACAGUCUGCCUGACCAGCUGGUCAACAAGUCAGUGGCCCAGGGCUUCUGCUUCAACAUCCUCUGUCUCGGUGAGACAGGCAUUGGGAAGUCUACCUUGAUGGAUACUCUCUUUAACACUCACUUUGACUCAACUCCCAGCACUCAUGACCUCCCAGGGGUCAAACUAAAGGCCAGCACCUAUGAAUUACAAGAGAGCAAUGUCAGAUUAAAGUUGACAGUUGUUGACAGUGUGGGAUUUGGGGACCAAAUAAACAAAGAAGACAGUUGGAAACCCAUUGUGGACUAUAUUGAUGCCCAGUUUGAAAAUUUCCUGAGUGAAGAGUUGAAAAUAAAGAGAUCCCUCCAUAACUACCAUGACACUAGGAUUCAUGCCUGUCUUUACUUUGUAGCUCCCACUGGACACUCAUUAAAGGCCCUGGAUCUGGUCACCAUGAAGAAACUUGACAACAAAGUUAACAUUAUCCCAACCAUAGCUAAAGCUGACACUAUCACAAAGGCUGAGUUGCAGAAAUUCAAAGCAAAGAUCAUGAAUGAGCUGAGUUCUAAUGGUGUCCAGAUAUACAGCUUCCCUGUAGAUGAUGAGACAGUGGCAGAAGCAAACAAAGUCAUGAAUGGUCAUGUUCCAUUUGCUGUGGUAGGAAGCAGUGAUGAGGUCAAAAUAGGUAACAAGAUGGUCAAGGCCAGGCAAUAUCCAUGGGGAACAGUUCAAGUUGAGAAUGAAAACCACUGUGACUUUGUAAAGCUGAGGGAGAUGUUGAUCCGAACUAAUAUGGAGGACAUGAGAGAAACCACACACAGCAAACACUAAAAAUGCUUCCGCAAGA